AUGAAGCUGACCUGGGCAACAUCCCUUCUUCUACUCGCGACUAGCGUCACCUCCUUAACGAUCCCUUCAACGGCUCUCGUUGAACGACAGGAUUCGGUAGAUACUGUCCAAGAUAUCUCCGAGUUUGUCGAUCUCGAGAAACGACGUGGAGGUGGCGGCGGCCGUGGAGGCUCUAGCGGAGGCUCUAGCGGAGGAAGCAGUGGUGGUCGUUCGGGCAGCUCCUCUAGCAGUUCCUCGGGCAGCUCAAGCGGCAGCAGUGGCAGCAGUGGUAGCAGUGGUAGCAGUGGUAGCAGUGGCAGCUCCGGUAGCAGUGGUUCCAGUAGCUCCGGUAGCCGAAGUGGCUCGACCAGCAACGUUGGAGGCACCACAUCCUCGGGUUCCGGCACUCGAGCUUCCUAUGGCGGGGGCACUUACUAUGCCGGUGGUGCCACAACUCCUUACCGGUCUGGUUCUCGUUCCGCAAGUGGUAUUGCCCCCUACGUUCUCGGUGGUGCAGCCCUGGGCUUCUUCCCGGGUCUUUGGCUAUACAGCGCCUACGCCUACCCUUACAGCAGCAACUAUCACUACAUGAACCAGAACAAUCACAAGAACGAGUCUUUGCCUGUCGUCUGUGUGUGCCAGGAGUACUCUGAGUGUGGAUGCGACAACAACAACAAUAGCACCUACUACGAAUCGCUCUUCAAUGGCACCGUGCCUAAGAACUCCAGUGUGGUGCGUGUGGUCAACGUGAAUGGCACUGAGACCAUUUAUAUCAAUGGCACUCUGCCCAAUGGCACCACCAAGGCCGAUAGCAGUGCGGCCACCUCAGACGCCAGCCCUAUCAUGACAACUCUGCUGCAUGCUAGUGGAUACUGGGUGACUGUUGCUCUGGUUGUGACGGCUGUAUGGUCCUUCUAA